GGAGGGAGGAAGGGGCGCCAGCGGCGGGCGGGAUCCUGCGAGGCGCGUGAAGCCUUGCUGGCGCCUCGUCUGGGAUCCAGACGCUGGCGGCCGCGGAGUUGCUCACGACCGGCGGAGCCCGCCUCCGCUGACUACAUUUCAGAAAGCAUCAACUUUUCUCAGUGGACCUAUUCAUCAAGUGAAAUAUGCCUGUACUAUACUUUGUGCUUCAUCAUGGAAAAAUUUCCCCCUCCAAAAAUGAAAGUAAAGACAUUUGAGAAGGUGAUUUAAGGUGUGGACAUUUGGGAAAGUGUCCCAUCAAAUCAGUAAACCUCAAGAUAAGGGUUAAAUAGAUUAAGCCUAACCACUUAUUUUUUAAAUCAGGAGGAUUUCAUCUUAAUAGAAAAACAACUUUUAUUCAAUAUGUAUUUUCUGAAAUUAAGAGAGAGAGACAAGAGUAGACUUAAAAGAAAAUAAAUGAAGAUGGUUAGUAAAGAAGCAAUGUCAACACUUUUCUUAUGAAGAUAAUUCAGUGAUGUUAAAUCCUUUGAAAAUCCCUAGUUGUGGUCCUAAAGACAAGACUCUUUUUUGAUGGGACUAAUACUAAAGGAAGUCAUAUCUUUUGUGUAUUCAACUCACAGUUGUAGAAGUUACAGUCAUUGGCAUGAGUGGCUUAAAAGAGGAAAUAAAGAAGUGUUCAGUUAAAUCCAAAAGUACAGUCAUUUUUUUCCUGCUGUGAUUUUAAAAACCUCUUCAUAACCACUGAAAAAGAAUUGACGACUAUUUUAAAAGAUUAAAGAAAGGCAGAUGUCUGCAAACAAUUCUCCUCCUUCAGCCCAGAAAUCUGUAUUACCUGCAACACUUCCUGCUGUGCUUCCAGCUCCUUCUCCAUGUUCAAGUCCAAAAACAGGUCUCUCUGCCCGACUCUCUAAUGGAAGCUUCAGUGCGCCAUCACUCACCAACUCCAGAGGCUCAGAGCAUACAAUUUCAUUUCUGCUGCAAAUUGGCCUUACACGGGAGAGCGUUACCAUCGAAGCCCAGGAACUAUCUUUAUCUGCUGUCAAGGAUCUUGUGUGCUCCAUUGUUUAUCAGAAGUUUCCAGAGUGUGGAUUCUUUGGCAUGUAUGACAAAAUUCUUCUCUUUCGCCAUGACAUGAACUCAGAAAAUAUUUUGCAGCUGAUUACCUCAGCAGAUGAAAUACAUGAAGGAGACCUAGUAGAAGUUGUUCUUUCAGCUUUGGCUACAGUAGAAGACUUCCAGAUUCGUCCACAUACUCUGUACGUACAUUCUUAUAAAGCUCCCACUUUUUGUGAUUAUUGUGGUGAGAUGCUCUGGGGAUUGGUACGUCAAGGACUGAAGUGUGAAGGCUGUGGAUUAAAUUAUCAUAAACGAUGUGCCUUCAAGAUUCCAAAUAAUUGCAGUGGAGUAAGAAAGAGACGUCUAUCAAAUGUGUCUCUGCCAGGACCUGGCCUCUCAGUUCCAAGACUUCUACAGACUGAAUAUGUAGCCCUUCCCACAGAAGAGUCACAUGUUCACCAAGAACCAAGUAAAAGAAUUCCUUCUUGGAGUGGUCGCCCAAUCUGGAUGGAAAAGAUGGUAAUGUGCAGAGUCAAAGUUCCACACACAUUUGCUGUUCACUCUUACACCCGUCCCACAAUAUGUCAGUACUGCAAGCGGUUACUGAAAGGCCUCUUUCGCCAAGGAAUGCAGUGUAAAGAUUGUAAAUUCAACUGCCAUAAACGCUGUGCAUCAAAAGUACCGAGAGACUGCCUUGGAGAGGUUACUUUCAAUGGAGAACCUUCCAGUCUGGGAGCAGAUACAGAUAUACCAAUGGAUAUUGAUAGCAGUGACAUGAACAGUGAUGGUAGCCGGGGCUUGGAUGACACAGAAGAGCCAUCUCCUCCAGAAGAUAAAAUGUUCUUCUUGGAUCCGUCUGACCUUGAUGUAGAAAGAGAUGAGGAAGCUGUGAAAACAAUCAGUCCAUCAACAAGCAGUAAUAUUCCGCUAAUGAGGGUUGUACAGUCCAUCAAGCACACAAAGAGGAAGAGCAGCACGAUGGUGAAGGAAGGGUGGAUGGUCCAUUACAGCAGCAGGGACACCCUGAGAAAGAGGCAUUACUGGAGACUGGACAGCAAAUGUCUAACCUUGUUUCAAAAUGAAUCUGGAUCAAAGUAUUAUAAGGAAAUUCCACUUUCAGAAAUUCUCCGCAUAUCUUCGCCACAAGAUUUCACAAACAUUUCACAAGGCAGCAACCCACACUGUUUUGAAAUCAUCACUGAUACUAUGGUAUACUUUGUUGGGGAGAACAAUGGGGAUAGCUCCCACAAUCCUGUUCUUGCUGCCACUGGAGUUGGAGUUGAUGUAGCACAGAGCUGGGAAAAAGCAAUUCGCCAAGCUCUCAUGCCUGUUACCCCUCAAGCAAGUGUUUGCACUUCUCCAGGGCAAGGGAGAGAUCACAAAGAUUUGUCUACUAGUAUCUCUGUAUCUAACUGUCAGAUCCAGGAAAAUGUGGACAUUAGCACUGUUUACCAGAUCUUUGCCGAUGAGGUGCUUGGUUCAGGCCAGUUUGGCAUCGUCUAUGGAGGAAAACACAGAAAGACUGGAAGGGAUGUGGCUAUUAAAGUAAUUGAUAAGAUGAGAUUCCCCACAAAACAGGAAAGUCAACUCCGUAAUGAAGUGGCUAUUUUACAGAAUUUGCACCAUCCUGGGAUUGUAAACCUGGAAUGUAUGUUUGAAACUCCAGAACGAGUUUUUGUAGUAAUGGAAAAACUACACGGAGAUAUGUUGGAAAUGAUUCUAUCCAGUGAGAAAAGUCGACUUCCAGAACGAAUUACUAAGUUCAUGGUCACACAGAUCCUAGUUGCCUUGAGGAAUCUACAUUUUAAAAAUAUUGUGCACUGUGAUUUAAAGCCGGAAAAUGUGCUGCUCGCAUCAGCGGAGCCAUUUCCUCAGGUGAAACUGUGUGACUUUGGUUUUGCACGCAUCAUUGGUGAAAAGUCAUUCAGGAGAUCUGUGGUAGGAACUCCGGCGUACUUAGCCCCUGAAGUUCUCAGGAGCAAAGGUUACAACCGUUCUCUAGAUAUGUGGUCAGUGGGAGUUAUCGUCUAUGUUAGCCUCAGUGGCACAUUUCCUUUUAAUGAAGAUGAAGAUAUAAAUGACCAAAUCCAAAAUGCUGCAUUUAUGUACCCACCAAAUCCCUGGAGAGAAAUUUCUGGUGAAGCAAUUGAUUUGAUCAACAACCUACUUCAAGUGAAGAUGAGAAAACGUUACAGUGUGGACAAAUCUCUUAGUCAUCCCUGGCUGCAGGACUAUCAGACUUGGCUUGACCUUAGAGAAUUUGAAACUCGCAUCGGUGAACGUUACAUUACACAUGAAAGUGACGAUGCCCGCUGGGAAAUACAUGCAUACACCCACAAUCUUGUAUACCCAAAGCACUUCAUUAUGGCUCCCAAUCCAGAUGAUAUGGAAGAAGAUCCUUAAUUAUCAAUGAGCUAACUUCAGUAAGGAAGGAUUUCAUUUUAUGUACUGAUGUUUCACUGCACAGCUGUUGUUUGUAGGCUGUCAUCUGCAAGGGUGCAAAGACAUGGGGAAAUAGGAUAAGCAAUCAGUGACACCAGUACUGUAGUUCAUUAUGAGUAGAUACAAGAGGGGAAACUGAGUAAUAAAAAUACACAAUGGAACCAAGAUGAAGCAUUUCAUAAAUUUUUAUAGCAUAGUAAUGAUUGGUUUUUGUAUUUUUUCCUAAUCCUUCACUUUAGUACUAUAGUGGCAUUUAAUUUAUCUUCCCUUUCCAAAUGUUCUUACACUGUUUUUUAAAAAGGAGAAAAAGCAAAGCUUAGUCCAGCCAUUGAAUAUCUUGAUGAAAUCAUUUAAGAGUUCUAAGCAGGUUUGCAUUUAAAAGCUAACUGAGGAGGGGCCACCAGCCUGAGAUUUCCUCUGCAGACUCUAGGCAUUUGUUUAACCAGAGACAUGAGGGGUUUUUCCUAGGUGCCUAGAAAUGUUUCCUAGACUCUAGGCUGUUUUACUUUUUUUUUUUCUUUCUUUCUUUUUUUAAGUGAGUCAAGAGUCAAAACCAUGAUCCCUAACCUUUGGAGCUGAACUCUUAAUAUGCUCUCUACAACAUAAAAAUUAAGUUAGUCCCCUUUGUAUGUUGGAACAGCCUCUAAGAUAAUUUGGGACAGUUGGUGUCACAGAACCUGAAGGAGGGCCUGCUGGUCUGUCUGCUCCUCGAUCAGCAUCUGUGUUCUGUACUCACGUUCCCGCUGGACCACCGGAAUGCCACAGCUGGCUUCCAGUGUUCAGUGAGGAAAGAGCUGAACUUUUCUUACACAGUUUAUCUUUACACACAGUUGAAUAAUUUGAGGAAGAAAAUUAUUAAAAGUAAGGCCAGUGCAGGAUCAGCUAAUGCUACAGAGAAGAACAGCAAAGAGUGUAUCCGUUUUUUCUUCCCUUAGUUUAUUGGAAGGGUUUACAGAUAUCUGGAAUGUUUUUAAAUCCGUUCUUUUAAGCAGUUUGAGGCAGUGGGUGGGUAGAGCAUGAAGCAUUUACUUUACUCUUUCAUUUGCUCUGCUAAUACUGUAGCCCUACCCUUAUUACUAUUUUUUUUAACAUUUCAGCACCAGCAGCCCACUAAAGAAGUGUUUUUCUACUCAGAUACAAUGUUUAAGAGGUUAGACUUUUUCAUAGCUUUUACAAAGUUACUAAUAGUUUUCUCUCCCCAAAAAGUUUAAGAUCUGGGAUCACCCCCUUAUUUAAAAAAAAACUAGUGGCUUUGUUUCUUCAUUCCACAGUAAUCACUGCAAACUAUUCCCACCCCCCCAAAAAAAGAGCAAAAGAUUUAGAGUCAGAAAAUCUGGUCUUAAGUCUGGGCUCCAAUCUGUCUGAGCCUCAAAAUCUCAAUCUGUAAAAUGAAGACCAUAAUUCUUGCCUCUCACAAUGCUGUUGUGAAGCUGGGCUAUGUAUGAAAAUAUUCGUACUCAAUAAACUAAGAACUAUAGAAGUGUUAGGUAACAUUGUCCCACUGAAUGAGGUAGCAAAAGAAUGUCCCUGGAUACAAAUAGUUGGAGUCAGAGAGGGCCUUGACAGAGCCCUGAAGCUACUCUGUUAUCUAGGCUGAGAGUACCGUUGAGAGAGGACCACUGUGCAGUCUCCUGUGUUCUGAGCUCUUUACACAUUUUACUUACUACCCUCACAACAGUCACAAAGUAUGUGCAUUAUGGACUUCAUCUCACAGAUCAGGAAACUGAGGCACAGGAAGAUUAAGUAACCAGCUGUGGAGGGUCACAGUAUGUGGACGUGAACCCUGGCAGUGUGGCUCCCGUCCCUCUGUCCCCCCCACCCCCCAACCACUGUGCUGUACUGCCUACUCAUACUCUCCACCAUGUCUCGUAGUAUUCAAUCUCCUAUGGGAGGUUAAAAAAUUUAGUCAAAUUUUGCAAAACCUUUUAGAAAUGUAUUUUCUCUGUGCUAAAGGAUGACUUCCCCAAAUCUGUCCAAAGUAAGCUUAUACCAACAUACUAAAAUGGAGUGAUUCUGAGUCCCGAGGCACCCUAUUGUGGUUUUGGUUUUACUGCCUAAGGUGAAAAUUAACUGGAAUGAUGUGUGCUAUACUUACAUAAUCAAACUUUACAAGCCAUGAAAUUAAUUGCACUCUGUUUGUUUGUGUUGUUGAAUGCAUAAGAAGCUUUCUAAAAAAAUUUGUAAAGGCACUGUCAGAUAAUUUGGAGUUGUCAUUUACUCCAGAUAUUGUAUAACCUGCAUAACCUUUUUUUGUCUUGAAGUUGUUUUUGUAUAAGAAUUGUUAGAAACAUUUGAUAAUGUACAAAGUAGUCUAUAAUGACACUGUUCCGUACAUUUUUAUAUUUUUUGUUACAUCCCACUUUUUGUAAAUAUCCUCAAAGAAGCUUGAUAAUAAAAUGUAUUUCCAUAUCACCAUACUUUUCCAUGUGAAAACCUGAGCAUUAUCUCUAAUAGAGGUAUCCAAAGAAAA